GUGCCUCACAAUGUGUAACAUUGCUGAAGGGGCUAGAACGAUGGCUACGAAACUAUUAAGAUUUAGUGCCUAGGUGCUAGUGCAGGUAAAGUCAUAUGGUACCUAUAUCACAUGACUCAUGUUCCAACAACUAUCAAUCUGGAUGAAAGUCAAAUGGGACGUUUGACUCCUAUCGAUCAUAUCUCCCUAAUUUCUCCUCAUACAUAAUCGUAAUCAACGUCAGUCCUUUAUAAGAUCUUGAGCGACAAUGUCAACACAAUACGACGCAAUUGGUGCCAAUUAUGACAUUCUUUCUGAUCUCCCGACCCAGCAGUUAACACACUCAGCUAUGAUUGAACGCCUCGGCCCUAUUGUUCAAUCCAGACGAAUCCUUGAACUUGCGUGUGGGACAGGCUUCUAUACUCUCGCAAUGUUGAACAUGGGCGCUUCUCAUGUGACUGCGGUUGAUAUCUCAUCCGUUAUGGUCUCUGCUGCUCAAAGUAAGAUUCCAGAUGAGAUGAAAGAACAUGUCACUUUCUGCACUGUAAACUGUGCUCAAUUAUCUAUGUGGAAUGAGGACCAGCUUCGUGGUCAAGAGGGGACUUUUGAUAUCGUUGUCGCAGCUUGGUUGUUGAAUUAUGCAGAAACACAAGAGGAGAUGCAAAAAAUGUUUGAAAAUAUACGCUUUGCCCUGAAGCCUGGAGGAGUCAUGAUCGCAUUGACUGUUAACGCGUCAAUCAUCGACAGUUUCCGACCAAGUGAUUCACCUAACCAUAGAGAGGUACAUCUUGGGUUAGUCUAUGAUUGUAUUGCGGUCGUCGAGGGUGGGUACAAAAUGCUUCUUUCCAGCGUGCGAACUGGUGAGAAGAACAUUAAGUUCGAAUGGUAUUUCCUACGAGAGGAGGUUUAUCAUCAGGCAGCAGCUGAAGCAGGCAUGGGUCCGCUCGAAUGGAACGUGGUGUUGCCAGACGAACAGCAUCUUCAAAUACAGGGCCUGAAUGAUUGGCAGGCAUAUUUGGAUCGUCCUAUAAAUGCUAUUUGCGUUUCGAGAAAGCCAGAGGUGGAGCUUCAAGAACAAUGUUCUACCGACAUUAGUUCGGGUUCGGAACUGCUAGUAAAGACUGAAUAGUCAUCAAUCUGUACCAAGAGCCCUCACUUUUCCUUUGCGGUAGUUCUCAGGUCCCUAGGCAGUGAUAGAUAGUAUUAAUACAAAGCGACGAUAUUCUUGUCAUACCAAGCUAAUGUGAGAGUAUCCUUGAGCCCCGUCAUUUUUUUCGGGAAAAAAUCAGACAAAAACGCAGAGUAAUUGACGUGGCGCA